AAGACUGGGAAAAGUUUCCAUUUUUACGGUGAGAACCUUAGAAUCACAAGUUUAACAAUGUAACCCUUUGCAGUUUACGUACUUCCCCCAGUAUUUGCAGUCAUCGGUCAAAAUGAUCAAACAGGUGAUUGAAUGGUUUUUCCCUUUGUUUACUUCAACUAGGAAUAUUGAUAAUUUUUUCGGUCAUCGCAAUUUUUACAUUAAAUCAUCGUUUCCCGAACAAGAAAUCAAUGUUGGCCCUAAAGUGUGGAUUUAUUCAAUUCUUCAAAUGUUUCAUGCUUUUGUGCUUCUUAUACGCUGUUUAAUCUACUUUUUUGCACCUGAAACAAAUAAGCUUAUUUAUGGUGAUACUCUUAGUAUUUAUGGACAUGAAGGUGAUCGAUUUGCCAUUUUAUUAAUAAUCUUCUCUAUUGCUGCUGGUCUCAGUCAAUUAUCAUUCCAUACAAAUGUGAAUCGUCGUCACUAUCCUUUUUGGACUCGAGUAUUCAAAUUUGAAAAGCUUGGCCAUAACUCACGUUCUCAGUGUUCUCUGCAUCUCAACUGGGUUGAUAGGCUGAGAUUUUUGACCUUUCGAUCUUAUUAUAUGCGUUUCAUUCGAUUGUUUGAGUUCUUGUUAUUACUUCCAAUCAUUGGUAUAUCCAUUCCAGUUUUAUUUCAUGAUGGUCCUCUUCUUAUAUGGUCUUUAUGGUUUUGCCAUAAUGUCCGUAAUUCAUUCACUAUCAUGUUUAUUGGUUUCACACUUCCCUCAUGUUUAGCUGUUGUCCAUGUUUACAUUAAUUUACGCCUCUCAACUGUUAUCAUUCAACUAGAUUCAAUCAAGAAACAAACUGCACACAUCAUUAGAUCACAUUUUAGAGCCAAGUACAAAUCACCAAGUGAUUCAAGUUUUUCAUCAAGAGCUUCAACUUCAUUCCGUAGUCCUGUUUCAAAAUCAUCAAAACAAUCUUUUACUAUUCCAAAUGAGGUCGCCCGACGGUUGGUCAAUCUUAUUCAAGAGCAUGGUGAAUUAUGUUGGGAAAUUAGGAAAUUCAACGUUUUCUGGAAACGAAAUCAGUUGUAUACUUUUUUUGCCGGUUUCUCAAGUAUUUGUCUUCUUGGCUUUUUAACAACUGCUACAGAUAUUCACCUUCCAUUGAAGCUUGCCUAUGCAUUUAUUAUGGUCACUGCAUUUGUCUAUUGUGUAGCCGGACCUUUUUUGGCUGGUGCUUUAAUGUUUCACCAAACGCAACGAAUCAAUAAAAAAUUUAUCAUCCUACUUCGCUAUAUGAACGAUUUCCAAUCAAGAAGUAAAAUUCUGGUUUCCUUGGAGCAGUUAACUAUUUUCAAAGGAUUUACAUUGUUUGAUAUUUUCAAUUUUACAAACAAUGGAUUUGCCUGGAUGUUAUUAAGAUUAAUUAGAUACCUACUACUGGCAUUCAAAAGGCUACGUCAUUAAUAUUUGAAUAUCAAAAGAAAAAUUGUCAUUUUAGUUGUACUAUUUUCUAGAAAAUAUA